AUGGCUAGGGAACAAUUGCAGGUGCUUAAAGCACUUGAUGUGGCUAAGACCCAGUUAUACCACUUCACAGCAAUUGUGAUUGCUGGUAUGGGUUUCUUCACAGACUCCUACGACCUCUUCUGCAUUUCCCUUGUCACCAAAUUGAUCGGCCGUAUUUAUUACUACACACCUGGAUCAGCCAGCCCUGGUUCAUUACCCCCAAACGCAAACUCAGCCCUCAAUGGUGUCGCCCUUGUUGGCACCCUCUCGGGUCAGCUCUUUUUCGGGUGGCUGGGAGACAAGAUGGGUCGAAAGCGUGUGUAUGGUGUCACACUUAUGCUCAUGGUGGUCUGCUCUCUUGCCUCUGGCUUAUCCUUUGGCUCCACAGCCAAAGGCGUAGUGGGCACUUUAUGUUUCUUCAGGUUCUGGUUAGGUUUCGGCAUUGGUGGUGACUACCCAUUAUCAGCUACCAUUAUGUCUGAGUAUGCUAACAAGAAGACCCGAGGUGCUUUCAUCGCAUCAGUGUUUGCCAUGCAAGGGUUUGGUAUCUUAGCCGGUGGAAUCGUUGCCCUCAUCGUUUCUUCGGGAUUUAAGGCCGCUUAUCCUGCUCCGGCAUACCAAAUUAACCCCGUCGCCUCGACUGUGCCGCAGGCCGACUUCGUCUGGAGAAUUAUCUUGAUGGUGGGUGCCCUUCCUGCAGCACUUACUUACUAUUGGCGUAUGAAGAUGCCUGAGACUGCUCGUUACACGGCCCUCGUCGCCCGGAAUGCGAAAAAGGCGGCUGCGGAUAUGGUGACGGUGUUGCAAGUGGAGAUGGAAGUGGAGCAAGACAAAGUGGAGAGGAUGGCAAUGGAGCCCUCCAACUCAUUUGGGUUAUUCUCUAAGGAAUUCCUACGUCGACAUGGGCUUCACUUAGUUGGAACCGCCACAACAUGGUUCUUUGUAGACAUUGCUUUUUACAGUCAGAGUCUGUUCCAGAAGGACAUCUUCAGCUCAGUUGGUUGGAUCCCUUCUGCAAGUACCAUGAGUGCACUUCAAGAGACUUACAUGAUUGCGAGGGCCCAAACCAUCAUAGCUCUUUGUGGUACCAUUCCUGGGUAUUGGUUUACUGUGGCCUUCGUUGAUUAUAUUGGUAGGUUUGUAAUUCAGUUGAUGGGUUUCUUCUUCAUGAUGGUCUUCAUGCUUGGGCUUGCCAUUCCUUACAAUUACUGGAAGACUAACCAUGCUGGCUUCGUAGUCAUGUAUGCCUUCACCUUCUUCUUUUCCAAUUUUGGGCCUAAUUCGACAACCUUUGUGGUGCCUGCGGAAAUAUUCCCGGCAAGAUUCAGGUCUACUUGUCAUGGUAUAUCGGCAGCUUCUGGUAAGGCUGGGGCAAUCGUUGGGGCAUUCGGCUUCUUGUAUGCCGCAGAAUCACCGAUCAAGGCCCUGGAUGAUGCAGGGUACUCACCUGGUAUCGGUGUGCAGAACUCAUUGUACGUGCUAGCUGCGACAGACUUCUUGGGCUUACUGUUUACGUUCUUGGUGCCUGAUGCCAAGGGCAAAUCUCUUGAGGAAAUAUCAGGUGAUGGGGAGUCAGAAGAAGAAAGUGGAAUGGACGUGACUCUUCCUGCUUAG